AGGUCCCCGAGCUUGUACUGGGCACGUUCACUGAUUGUUUCCGUGUUUUGUCUUGCAUGUCACGCUGCAGCCACAAUGUUGCCUGCCCAUUUGCUCUUCCAUUCGCCUGCCAGCUUGCCCCGCUUGCCAUGUUGCUGACAUCAACGUGGAUGACAUGAGUCUCAGAUCCAAAUGACCCGGUGUUUAUUCCUAUUUACAUUAUGUUUCCAGUGGGUGCUUUCAUUGAUUGUUCUUCAACUUGUGUCUAUUUAUUUCACGGGACUAAUCGGAGUCGGGCACGUGCGACUUGGAGCUGUUCACACUGCCGCAGCGCUUGCGCUCGGUGUCACUGUUACCCCUCGUUAUCGCGUGGUUAUUACUCUCCCUUCCAUGUGUUGCUGUUUUCUCUCCUGUUCCUCCCCGCUCAGGCUGCAUUUCCUCUUUUGUCUACCCUCCACCUCCCCCCACUCCGCCUUUGAUUACGUUGUAUCUUAACUGUACUCUCUUUGUAACCGGCCCGCCCUCAGCCGUUGUUUUCCUGUUCCGCAAUCAACAUUCUGUGCUGGCCCGAUGCUAGGCCGAGUCCGCUGUCAUGAUGCCUAUUCUCUUUCUCCCUCUCUAUGUCACGUGAUUAGAGGAUACAAACAGUUAUGACCUUAGCUGUAUUGUAGCGGAGUUGUCCGAGUUUAUUGUUAUAUUGUUAUAUCUACUCAUAGAGUUUCCGGAAUUAAUGUUAAUAUUGUUAUUAUUA